UAACUUUAGUCAUAGACUCAUAGUUAGUUACCUUAAAAAAUUUGUCUUGUACCAUGUUAUUGUCUUGUGCAAAUCAAACUGUACUUUAAUCAAAUGCUACGUCGAUUCCUAUUGUCAACAAAAACCAAUCUUUUCCAAAACCCUAACCACCCUUUAUCUCCUUCACUAACCACCAUUCGAACCAUGAGUUCAACAUCUUCGCAACGCAUGUUCCAGCUCAAAAUCGACCCUUUAACCGGUAACUCCGAAUGGGUCAUCAUCGAUGAACACAACAACGACGAAGAACAAACCUUCAACCAACCCCUUCUCGCCACAACAUCAUAUUUAGACAUGCUCAAUGAUUCAACCAGAAACACAGCAUUUCGUCAAGCCAUUGAAAAAACAGUAACGAAACCUUGUCACGUUCUCGAUAUUGGUGCUGGAACUGGGUUGCUUUCGAUGAUGGCUUCACGAGCUAUGGAUGGGAAAGGGACUGUGACGGCGUGUGAGUCUUAUCUUCCGAUGGUGAAAUUGAUGAAGAAGGUUAUGCGACUUAAUGGGAUGGAUGGAAGAAUCAAAGUUUUCAAUAAGCGUUCUGAUGAACUUGAAGUUGGUAGUGAUAUAUCUUCGCGUGCUGAUGUUCUUGUGAGCGAGAUAUUAGAUUCAGAGUUAUUGGGUGAGGGGCUUAUACCAACCCUACAACAUGCGCAUGACAAUUUGUUGGUGGAAAACCCUCUAACUGUACCAUAUCGAGCAACUACAUAUGGACAGCUAGUUGAAAGCACUUUCUUAUGGCGAUUGCAUGAUUUGCGUAGCAAUGAGGCUGGUGCAUCUGAUGGCAUUCGACUCGCCCCUCCUGGACUUGAAAGUGUUAUAGGUGUAAAACGUCAGCAAUAUGCCAUGCAUUGUGAUCCAAUAGGAGAAGAACUGAAACCGCUUUCAGAACCCUUCAAAAUUUUUGAAUUUGAUUUUUGGAAACGGCCAGAGAGUUACGGCGAAACUGAGCUAUGCAUAAAGGCAACUGAUGAUGGAAGAGUUCACGCUAUUGUCUCUUGGUGGGUACUUCAACUUGAUCGUGAAGGGACAAUUUAUUAUUCCACUGCUCCUAGGUGGAUAAGAUCGCCAACAAUUACAAGUCCUGUUGAUUGGUGUGACCACUGGAAACAGUGUGUUUGGUUUGUUCCAGGGAGUGGUAUAUCAAUAUUCAAAGGGGGAGACAUUAAUUUACAUGCUAUUCACGAUGAUAUUAGUAUCUCAUAUAAUUUAAAUACACGUGUGUCAACAACUGAGGUUUUGCAUGAUGGGUUGACGAUUGGAGAUUUUCAGCUUUCACUUCCUCCAGAAAGAGCUGCAAUCUAUGGAGACGAAGGAUGGAGGCUUUCAAUGUUGAAAGCAGUAAAAAGUGUGUUGCAGGGAAGAGGCAACUUAUUAUGCUUGGUUGCAGAUGAUAGUGUGUAUUUGCCUCUUCUUGUUGCGAAGUUUUCAGAAGCACCGCAUGUAAUAUCAUCUUUUUCGAGGCUGAAGGAAAAGGGCCUCCAAUAUUUGCAAGCUGCUGCCCGUGCAAAUAACCUGCCACCUAAUUGCAUAAAAACUGUUGAAAAAGGGUUGAAACAGUUAACCAUGCAUGAUACAAACCAGAAAAAGGUUGACCUGUUAAUAGCAGAACCUUUCUAUUUUGGACAUGAUGGCAUGCUUCCAUGGCAGAACCUGCGAUUUUGGAAGGAUCGUACAACACUUGAUCAUAUCCUCUCUGAAGAUGCUAUAAUAAUUCCCAGUAAAGGAAUUUUGAGGGCUUGUGCCAUCUAUCUUCCUGAUCUUUGGAAAAGUCGUUCCUGCUUGAGUACGAUAGAAGGUUUCGACCAUUCUGGUGUAAACGCUACAUUGGGAGCUUGCGGUCAUCUACCUGAAUCAGAAGAUGGUCCUUGUCUGCCUUUUUCUCUUUGGCAGUGUGGAGAGUUCGAUGUGCUUAGUGAGACAUUUGAUGUGAUGGAGUUUGAUUUCACAAAACAAAUAUGCCAAUGUGAAGGAAAAUCCCAGGUUAAAUUCACGAAGACAGGAGUAUGUCAUGGGUUUGCGCUAUGGAUUGACUGGGUGAUGGAUUCGCAAAAUUCUGCUGUGAUAUCAACUGGUCCAGAUAAGAGAUAUUGGAAACAAGGAAUAAAGCUUCUUGCAACACCUAGAACUGUAGGAUCCCAAGGAUCAACAAAUGUCCGAGCAUGUUGUUCUGCAGAUCUUGAAGCAUCUUUUAAUCCAUCAAAUGGGGAACUCAAAAUUAUACAUGAUUUCUUAUGAUACUUUUAUACAGAGAAAAGUGUCCAUCUAGCAUCCAAACUACAUGUAUGUAUGGUUUAAUUUUUGAAUGAGACAAAAUUAUUUCUAGAAUGUAAAUGAUUGUGACA